AUGGCGACGAACAGUCGCGCUUCCAAACCCCUCAUAGGGGACAACAACCUAGCCGAUUCCAACACCCCUGCCACUGCAGAUAUCGUAGGCGGAAAGAGUACCGUCGGAAAGCCCAAGUCAACGCAACGGCCCUCCUUUUUCCGAACGAAACGUGGUAUCAUCAUUACAGUGAUUGUCGUCCUCGUCAUCAUCGGUGGUGGCCUGGCGGGGUUAGCUGCGCUUCGUAACCGGGGUGGAGGCCAGAGUGGUGAUACCGCGGGAGCUGGGGAGGGGGAUGGUGAUGGAGUCAUUACAGAUGAUACACUGUUUUAUGGACAGUCACCGGCGGUCUAUCCUUCUCCGAACACUCCGGGUACGGGGAAAUGGCAGGAUGCGACACAGAAGGCCCGUGAGCUGGUAAAGAAGAUGUCGCUCGAGGAAAAGGUCAGCUUGACUGGUGGCGCCAGCUCUCACACCGGCUGCUCCGGAUUUAUUCCAGCCAUCCCGCGUCUUAAUUUCCCGGGCAUGUGCUUAAGUGACGCAGGAAAUGGGCUUCGUGGGACAGAUUUUGUGAGCAGCUGGCCAAGCGGCAUCCACGUUGGUGCCAGCUGGAACAAAAUGCUUGCUCGACAACGAGGCUCGGGAAUGGGAGGCGAGUUUAAGGCCAAGGGUGUGAAUGUGUUGCUGGGACCAGUUGUUGGACCAGCGGGCCGUGUUGUGCUUAGUGGGCGGAAUUGGGAAGGUUUUGCGAGCGACCCGUAUCUCUCGGGGGCUCUGGCCCAUGAGACCGUCACAGCGAUACAAGCUGCUGGGGUUAUUACUAGUACCAAGCACUUUAUCGCGAACGAGCAAGAAACAAACCGGAAUCCAUCGGGGACAACCGAGUCCGUGUCAUCCAACAUUGACGACAGAACCAUGCAUGAAUUCUAUCUUUGGCCGUUUCAGGACGCUAUUCGCGCUGGAAGCGCCAAUAUCAUGUGCUCAUAUCAGCGUCUUAACAACUCGUACGGCUGCGCGAACAGCAAAUCACUCAACGGUCUCCUUAAGACAGAGCUUGGCUUUCAGGGCUGGGUUGUCAGUGAUUGGGGCGCCCAACACGCAGGUGUGGCUGCUGCUGCGGCAGGCAUGGACGUCGCCAUGCCGAGCGGCAGUAACUUUUGGGGCACUAAUCUUGUAGAUGCCGUCAACAAUGGCUCCAUAGCGGAGUCUCGUAUUGACGACAUGGUUGUUAGGACGGUUGCAACAUGGUAUUUGUUGGGCCAGGACCAAGACUUCCCGAAGCCUGGCGUUGGAAUGCCCGUUGACCUUACCCAACCACACAAAAUUGUGGAUGCCAGGAAUUCGAGUUUCCGCUCAAUCCUUUCCGACGGUGCAAUUGAAGGCCAUGUGCUGGUGAAAAACAUGCGCAACGCGUUGCCCCUGAAAAAGCCAAAGAUGCUGUCCAUCUUCGGCUACUCGGCCAAGAAUCCGGACAACAAUAACCCCACGCCCGGACUUUCUCCUUGGCUCUGGGGCUCUGAGUCCUUCAACUACACCGAGUUUGGCGGGCAGUUCUUCGGCUACACCGGCGAGUAUGGGCACACGAAUAUUGCUUAUAACGGAACCAUAUAUUCGGGCGGUGGCUCCGGCGCCACCUCGCAGUCCACUAUUGCUUCCCCCUUUGAUGCGCUCAUGCAACGCGCCUGGGACGAUGAUACCGCCCUUUUCUGGGAUUUUGUCAGCGGUACUCCGUGGGUCAACCCGAUGUCAGACGCGUGCUUGGUGUUUGUGAACGCAUACGCCACAGAAGCAGCAGAUCGCCCGGCCACGCAUGAUGAUUACACCGACGGGCUGGUCAAACACGUGGCGGACCGGUGCCGUAACACCAUCGUUGUCUUCCACAACGCCGGGGUCCGGCUAGUCGACCAAUUCGUGGACCACGCCAACGUCACGGGCCUUAUCUUUGCUCAUCUCCCCGGCGAGGCGUCUGGUCGGGCGUCCGUUGCCCUCCUUUACGGCGAUGCCAACCCGUCCGGCAAACUCCCCUACACAGUCGCCCGCAACGAAUCUGACUACCCGGUCCUAGGGCCCGAUAAAGCGGCUAAAGGCAGCAAAUUUGCUCGCUUCCCGCAGAGCAACUUUACCGAAGGUGUCUUCCUUGACUACCGCCACUUCGACGCCCACAACAUCACCCCGCGGUAUGAGUUCGGUUUCGGUCUCAGCUAUACCACCUUCGGUUAUGCCAAUCUUGCCGUAAAGAAAACUGACAACGGGGACUUUUCGGCGUACCCAUCCGGUCCCGUGGUUGAAGGUGGUCAACAGGACCUCUGGGACGUGUUGGUCGAGGUGUCAGCGGACUUGUCCAACACAGGCUCAGUGGCCGGGGCGGAGGUUGCGCAGGUCUAUGUGGGGAUUCCAAGUGACGGCACUCCGGUGAGGCAGCUGCGUGGGUUCGAGAAGGUGUCUCUGAACUCAUCGGCCACCGAGACUGUAAAGUUCGAGUUGACGAGGCGAGACCUGAGUGUGUGGGAUGUGGUGGCGCAAAAGUGGAAACUGGCGAAGGGGGAUUAUAAAAUCGAAGUGGGUGGGAGUAGUCGCGAUUUGCCGUUGGUAGGCAAGGUUACCAUUUAG